AUGGCGGUAGAAAGAUCGGGCUCGGGUGUGGGCGAAACACACAAUUUUUAUUUCCAUUCUCCAGCCACCAUCAUGCCGGCGGCUCGGCGUCAUGUCAGCCCCCGACGCCGAACCGAGGCACCUCGCCGGCUGCCGUCUCCUUCUUCGCCGCCGAGGAAGCUGAGACCCAUGUCGGAGAUUUUGGCGCGUGCGAAAUACGCGGUGGUGGAGCGAGCUGAAUACAGUGACAUCAUCUGUGAACAAUGCGGCUCCGGCGAACGUCCCGAAGAGCUCCUCCUUUGUGAUAAAUGCGAUAAAGGAUUCCAUAUGAGAUGCCUUAGACCUAUUGUGGUUCGUAUUCCUAUUGGGUCCUGGCUUUGCCCCAAAUGCUCUGGUCAGAAGCCAAUAAGAAGUUUUUCGCAGAAGAAGAUAAUUGAUUUCUUCAAGAUUCAGAAGACUGGUGAUGGGAAAAAGAAAUGCACGUCGAAUCAAGAUACCAGAAAGCGUCGCAGGCGUUCUGUAUCAUUGGUGUUGCUAAAGAAACGAAGGAGACUCUUGCCAUUUAUACCAUCGGAAGAUCCUAAGCAACGUUUGAAACAAAUGGGCACCCUUGCUUCUGCUUUAACAACAAUGCAGAUGGAAUUCAGUGAUGAACUAACCUAUUCUUCUGGCAUGGCCCCUAGAUCUGCUAAUCAGGCCAAGUUUGAAAAUGGUGGCAUGCAGGUUCUUUCGAAGGAAGAUAUGGAGACCCUGGAACUAUGUAGAGCAAUGAGUAGGAGAGGCGAAUGUCCUCCCUUUAUAGUAGUUUUUGAUUCAUGUGAAGGUUAUACUGUAGAAGCAGAUGCCCAGAUAAAGGAUAUGACCUUCAUCUCGGAAUACACAGGAGAUGUGGAUUACAUUAGAAACCGAGAAAAUGAUGAUUGUGAUAGCAUGAUGACCCUUCUUUUAGCAACAAACCCAUCUGAAAGUCUUGUAAUCUGCCCUGAUAAACGUGGAAACAUUGCUCGCUUUAUCAAUGGCAUUAACAAUCAUACCCCGGAAGGUAAGAAGAAGCUGAACUGCAAAUGUGUGAGGUACAGUGUGAAUGGUGAAUGUCGGGUCCUUUUGGUUGCUACUCGCGAUAUUGCUAAGGGAGAGAGGCUUUAUUAUGAUUAUAAUGGAUAUGAGCAUGAAUACCCUACUCAUCAUUUUGUGUGAAGCUAGUAGCAAUCGUAUACCGAGCCGGAAUGCAAUUUUAGAUCCUCAUACUUCUUCACCCGCUUUUCUUUUCUUUCACAGCUUAUUCAUUGUUGGUGCAGCAGAGUCGAGAGAAAUCUCAUUGCAUGGGCCAUUUUUCUUA